AUGGGUGGUGGCGAUUUCGUGUUUCUCACAAUUAUUUUGUCGUACAUCAAGAGGACCUACAAAAGAAGAAAGAAGAGAAGAAACAAUAUUUUGUUUUUCUUCUUCGAAUUGCAAAAGAGCAUGGAUUUUAAAGGGCGAAUCAUAAACGUCAAAUCCAAUACUUGGAUCCACGUAAUAAACCUCGACGCAGACUCAAGGGCCAUACAUCCUUGUCGUAAGGUCAUGGGUCCCGAGAAAGAGUCCUUAGCUACUGCCAUUACACAUCCAAACUUGUCCUUCCCAAUCCUGUAUAUAAAAGCCCCCCGAAUUCUAGGCAACCAGAGAAGUUCAGUGCUCAGUUUUUUCUCUCCAAGAGAACAGAUGGUCCGAACGGUCACGGAGACUCUGCUUUCUCUUACAGAAACACACGACAACGUCUAA